AUGGCGCAGUUCUGGCCCGACGGAAGUAUGAUGUGGACGACGAAAGGGUGCCACGGCGACCUCUAUGCGCUGAUGGUGCGGCGCACCUUUGUCAAUCUCGAGCACGCCCCCGGCGCGGACAGCGUGGUAUGGGGCGUGGCAAAUGCUGAGAAGCGCAGCUCUUCUGCUCCUCUGCAGAAGAGGUGGAAGAAGCCCUGGGACCAACCGUCCAUGUGGCUUGAGCACCAAGCGCGCCGCUGCAAACCUUGCUUCUUCUUCCACACCAAGGCUGACGGCUGCCGCAAGGGCGGUCAAUGCGACCGCUGUCACUUUUGCAGCGCCCGGGAGGUCAAGGCAUUCAAGUUGCGCUUGCAGCGCGCUCGCAGCCGCAACUUUGGAACCUGA